UCUUUCACGGUUCAGAGUUGUCACUUCCACGCUCCAUUUUCGGCGGCGAAAACCUUCCAGGAUGUCCAAAUACAAUGUGAAUAUACAAGAAUGCGCGGUUGGCGAUAAUUCGAAAUUGACCAUUGGGGCGACCGACGGAGUACCAAGACAAGUGCCUACCCUAAAGCAAGGAGCUAGAACUAAACCCAGCUGGACUCCACCUCCUCCCAGUGUUCCUGAAGGUGUUCAAGAAAAUUUACAUUUGACGGAGGUUCAAAAGCAAUGGCUGCUCACUAGUUUAGCACUGGAAAACCUCUUCCUACCACGGAUACGCAAACUUAUACUAGAGGAGAUCGAAAAGGAAAACAUCAAGGGCGAGAUGGACAAAUCUCAGACUGACUUCCUCUUGGGACGGGUUUACACGCUUUAUCACCGCCCUCUCUUAUCCUGGAUCGCUGAUUGUGAUAAAUUAAGUGAGCUGGAGGUGUUUAGAUUUUUCAACCACAUAGGACUGACAAAAAAAAAGUGGUAUAGUUGUAGUUCUCUCCAGUUGGAUUCUCUUCUAAGCCGUGUAGAAGCUCGACACUUUCAUGACGACUUAAGAUGGCCCCUGUCUUUGUUUUUAAAACAAAUCAGACUACCUGCUGCAGAUAUAGAGGAACUUCUCGAAGACCUUGACAACUUCAACGCAAGAGGCUUGGACCUUCUUGUAAACAUAUCUGGGCCAGCUGAAUUGAUGAAACUGAUUCAACAACCGCAUGAUGAAGUAAUGAAAAGGUCUAGCGAAGUUCAAGCAUCACGUGAGAAAUUUGGUAAAGUUUCAGAGAGAGAGAAACUGGUUGGCCAACAGGACAUUCAACCCGAAAGGGAACUGACCAAAAGUACAUCUAAGGAGAGCGAAGGGACUCUAUCUCCUUCCAGUGUUCCUGAAGGUGUUCGAGAAAAUUUAUAUUUGACGGAGGUUCAGAAGCAAUGGCUUCUCACUAGUUUAGCACUGGAAAACCUCGUCCUUCCACGAAUACGCAAACUAAUGGUAGAGGAAAUCAAAAAGGAAAACAUUAAGAGAAAGAUGGACAACCCCUUGGAAGGUUUUUACUCGUCUUUUCCCGACACUUUCCUAUCAUCGAUCACUGAUUGUGAUGAAUUAAGUGGGCCAGAGGGGAUCAGAUUUCUCAUCCAAAGAGGAUUCCUAGAACAUGCGAGUGUGUUUGCUGGGCAUUGGGAACGUUUUAUAAGCCCUCGAGAAGCCCGACGUCUUCAUGAAGAGUUAAGAAGAUUCCUGUCUUCGUUUUUAGAAGGAGUCAUAUCUGCUGCAGAUAUCAGGGAUUUUCUCGAAGAACUGGACAACUUUGAAGCCAGAGGCUUGGACCUUCUUAGAAACAUAUCUGGGCCAGCUGAAUUGAUGAAACGGAUUCAACAACCACAUGGUGAAGUAAAGAAAAGGUCUAGCGAAGUCCAAACCCCAAGUGAGAAAUUUGGUAAUGUUUCAGAGACAGAGAAACUGGUUGGCCAACCCGAAAGUGAACUGCUUAAAAGUACAUCGAAGGAGAGUGAAGAGGCAGAGAAACUGGUUAGCCAACAGGAUAAACCAGAAGGUGAACUGACUGAAAGUGCAACUAAGAAGAGUGAAGAAGCACAACAACAACAACAACAGCAGUAUCAUGACAUCAUAGAAAAAACCAAACACUUUGAAGCUCUUCACAAGGAAUGUAUCAGGGUGUUGCCAUACGCAGAUAAACUAAGUGGUCAGGUUUACGUUCAACUGUACGUGAUUUGUGGCAAUAACGGCAUACCGGCAGAGUUAAAUAUAGCUGCUCGAAACUGCUUUCAAGAGACUGGCGUGAAGCUAAAAUGGACGGAUCUGUACAAUGAAGCAUCUGAUGUGCCAAAGAUCACCCGUCGAGUGUCAAGAAGAUUGGAAAAAUUCGAGGUUGAUGAAAUUUGGAAGAUCAUUGACACUUCUCAACUCACUUUCAAUAAGCAUCGUAACAUCACUGCAGUGUACCCUUCUCUCAAAGUAACAGAUUCCAAGCGGACAAACGAGCCUUGCAUCAUGGUUAAUGUUAUUGGAAAAGGUCGCAUCCCAAUCGGCGAAACUAACAUUCCAGCGUUUAUUGAACGUUUCCCGGUGGACAUCGUGGAGGGAUUUUCGAUGGAAAGGGAGACCCCAUCCAAGCCAAUGGAGCCACAAGAAGAAAGGGAAUACCUCCGUUUGGGAGCAAGCAUCGGCACUAAGGGGGUCGUUGAUGGUGGGACCUUAGGUGCAAUUUUGAAAGAUAAUGAUGAGGCAGAGAAACUGGUUGGCCAACAGGACAUUCAAUCCCAAAGUGAAAUGACUAAAGGCGUUUCUAAGGAAAGGGAAGAGGCAGAGAAACUGGUUGGCCAACAGAACACUCAACCUGAAGGUGAACUGACUAAAGGCGCAUUUAAGAAGACUGAAGAAGACUAUCAAGACAUCAUAGAAAAAACCAAAAAUUUUGAAGCUCUUCACAAGGAAUGUAUCAGGGUGUUGCCGUACAGAAAUAAACUGAGUGGUCAGGUUUACGUUCAACUGUACGUGUUCUGUGGCAAUAACGGUAUACCAAAAGUGUUAAGUGAAGCUGCUGGAAACUGCUUCGGAAAGAUGGGUGUGAAGUUAAAAUGGACGGAUCUGUGCAAUGAAACAUCUGAUGUGCCAAACAUCACCCCUGGAGUGUCAAGAAGAUUGCAGAAAUCCGAGGUUGAUGAAAUUAGUAAGAUCAUUGACACUUCUCUACUCAUUUUCAACAAGCAUCGUAACAUCACUGCCGUGUACCCUUCUCUCAAAAUAACAGAUUCGAAGCGGACAAACGAGCCUUGCAUCAUGGUUAAUGUUAUUGGCAAAGGUCGCAUCCCCAUCGGCGAAAGUAACAUUCCAGAGUUUGUUGAUAGUUACCCAGUAGACAUCGUGGAGGGAUUUUGGAUUGAAACAGUGAACCCAUCCAAUCCAAUUGAGCCAAAAGAAAGAAGGGAAUACCUACGUCUAGGAGCAAGCAUUAGCCUCAAAGGGGUUCCUUAUGCUGGGACCUUAGGUGCUUUUGUGAAAGAUGAUGAUGACAAAUUUUAUUUGCUUUCAUGUAAUCAUGUGAUCGGAGACAGAGAGAAAAAAGAGAUAUUACACCCUGGGUGGUUGCAAUACGUGGAGUCGUUUAAGUAUUGCCUAGAUGAAUACAACAAAUUGUUGAAACGGGUCACCAAAACCGAAACGGGUUUUUCUACAAGGAAUUGGCAACCCACUGAGUUAUCUGAGUUGAAAAAUGCAUUUAGGGGACUGCAAAGAAUAUCAGAUUGUAACAAUGAUAAAUUGCCUUCAUCCGUGAAAAAAAGUGGAUGUUAUAAAGAUUUCAUUGAUUAUGCACAACAAUUGGAAGAGCUUGUCAAUCAUUCCCCAAGGGUUGUAGCAGACUUCUCACGUGCUUUCAGCGGCAACGUGCAUAUGAAUUCUAAUCUCAGCAAAAAAGAAAUAUCCAUCGAUGCAGCAGUUGCUGAGUUGAGAGAGGAAGAAGUAAACGCUCUCAAACAAAAUUUUUUUGUCGAAAUGAUUGGCACUGCAAACUACCCAAGCGGCACUGUUCUUGCGUCGGAUGAAGUCCUUAUUCACCCGCACGCGAGAGAAUGGUGUAAGAGCGGAAGUAUCACCGAACACACUUCGAUAAAUACUUCUACUGACCUUCGACUGAUCAAUUUGAAAGUUCCCCUUAGUGAGCAGGUACUGCAUUUUGACUUCGACACGAAAAAAGUGGUUGUGACUGAGCCAGAAUCUGUUGGGUGGCGAAAAAACUUUGUUCUUGAAAACGUAGUCGAUGAACCAUUUAGUCGCCUAGGUGAUUCUGGAGCCGUGAUUUUUGAAAAACGUGAGGACCAGGAGUCCAUGUCUGCGUUUGGCAUGGUUGUUGGUGUUCAUUAUGAGAACAAUACACUUCAUAGCACCAUUGUGUCACCGUUAGAUGAUUCUCUCAGAAUACUGUCAUACUUUCACGGAAAAAACUUGACAAUGGUUCCAAGUAUAUUUGAGUAAUUUUACUCCCUCUCUCUCUCUUUCUCUCUCUCUCUUUACGAAGUCACUUUUAAUGGUAACGCCAGUUUUUGAAAGCAUAUGUGUUUGUUAGGUGUUAUGAUUUUUUUUAGGCGUUAUAUCUCAUUUGGUAAACGUGGCUUAACAACACGUUAUCUUGUACCGCUUCUGAGAAAACCUCAGCAUAUAAGCCUCAAUUGUUUUUGUAAGAUUUCCUCGCCAAUGAUUUUUGUGAUUUUGUUUACUUUUCUUUUAAAGCAAAUAUGAUGGCAACUCUAGAUAUUGUAAACAGACAAAUAUGGAGAAACCCUCAUGCCUUGUGGAGUCUUUGUCGACCUGAAAAAAGCUUUUCUUACCGUUUGAUCAUAACAUUCUCUUCCGGAAGCUAGAUCAUAAUGGCUUCUUUUGCGUAAGAAAACAAAGGCAUGAUAAGUAUGCAUGAGUUAUUUUUUUGUGUGGGUGGUUUGAAAUGGCACGCUAAGUAACUGAUGUUUGCAUUUUUGUAAAACAGAAACAUUAUUUACUUUCGAAAGAUUCCAAUGAAAGUAUCGUUCAAUGGAGAGCAAAAUAAAAAGACACGUAUAUCACGG